AUGAAGGAGUCAGUCCAAGAGAUCAUCCAGCAACUCGUCCAAAGUGUGCAUUUCCAGUCCUCCAAGUUCCAGCUGGCCAUCAUGUGCACGAUGUUCAACCCCAUCUUCUGGAACAUUGUGGCCAGAAUCGAGUACCACACGCACUCUCUAACCAAGAUGUGUGGUGGUGCCAAGAAGGGCUGUUACAUGUUGGCGGCCACCAUUUUUUGCAUAGGGAUCAUCAGAGACAUGGUCUACGAGUCUGCAUUGCGUGAACAGCCUACAUGUUCUCUGAUCACUGGGGGAAACUGGGCCAAGCUGGGCAUGGUGCUCUUUGGUGCAGGCCAAGUGCUUGUUCUGAGCUCCAUGUACAAGCUGGGCAUCACCGGUACAUACUUGGGUGACUACUUCGGCAUCCUGAUGGACGAAAGAGUCACUGGGUUCCCCUUCAAUGUGUCCGACAAUCCGAUGUACCAGGGCUCUACGUUGUCUUUCCUAGGUAUGGCUCUAUACAAGGGGAAGCCUGCUGGGUUGGUUGUAUCCGCUGUAGUUUACUUCAUGUACAAGAUUGCCCUCCGUUGGGAAGAGCCAUUCACCGCCAUGAUCUAUGCCAACCGUGACAAGGCCAAAAAGAACAUGUGA